GAGAGGAUGAGAAUGGUGGUAAGGGGUGAAGUUGAAUUAGGAGAAUAACAAAAACAAAAUGAAGAAAGAAUAAGAUUGAUGGUGGUUAGUGGGGGCUAUGAAAUUGAAAACGGUUCCAUCAUCUUGUUGGUUAGCACUAUCACUGGGAUUGCCUGAUUCCAAUCACAAUGCUGCUGCUUCUACUCAUACUCACAGCCACAUCCAUAGACACAGCAUCGUUGUGGCCAAAAGCAAGAAGCAGCGAGAGGCACAGGAUUCUGAAUCCGCUCCUCCAAGAAUCACAUCAAACGUCAAGCAAAACCUCCACUUCUUAAAGCUUUGGAAGAACUUCCAAAAACGAAACUCUAGCACUCCCAGGCCUUCUACCAGUUACCGCAGGAAGAAGGUGGAGAAGGAGGAUCUUGGUGACAGCUACAAUGACCUCUAUCGUGAUCCCACCUCCUCCCUCUACUAUACAAAUCUGGAGGGCAUAGACAAUGCGGUCCCUGUAUUGCUUGUAGAUGGCUAUAAUGUAUGUGGCUAUUGGAUGAAGCUCAAGAAACAUUUUAUGAAAGGAAGACUUGAUAUUGCUCGCCAAAAACUCAUUGAUGAGCUUGUAACCUUUAGCAUGCUUAGAGAGGUGAAAGUGGUUGUUGUGUUUGAUGCAAUGAUGUCAGGACUCCCCACUCACAAGGAAAAUUUUGCAGGUGUUGAUGUUGUUUUCUCUGGUGAAACAUGUGCUGAUACGUGGAUUGAAAAAGAGGUUUCAGCUUUAAGGGAGGAUGGUUGCCCCAAAGUCUGGGUUGUCACUUCUGAUCACUGUCAGCAGCACGCAGCACAUGGAGCAGGAGCCUUUGUCUGGAAUUGCAAGGCAUUGGUUACUGAGAUCAAGGCAUCACAAAAGGAGGUUGAAAGGAUGCUUCAAGAACAAAGAUCCACUUCUUUUCAAGGUAGAUUAUUGAAGCACAAUCUUGAUGCAGAAGUAGUGGAUGCUCUGAAGAACCUGAGGCAAAAACUAUCUGAAAAUGAAUUGAAGUAGAAUAUAAGGCUGAAAUUCUAAUCAGAGAUUUUAGUUUGACAGAACAAACUUUGGACAGACCCUGCUUGAUAGCCAACAAGGUUGGUCAAAUGUUAAAAGAUCCUGCUUGAUAGUCAACAAGGAAGCGCUCGUAAUGAUGUUCUUACAAACCAAAAAAUGACGCAGCCCAGUUAAUGGCCCUAUUCACUGACCAUUUGUUAUUUGCAUUUUUUAUAAUUAUAAUUCGUGAUUUGCCUUCAUUUGUAUAAGGGAAGAGAACCAGGGAACUAAGUAUAUAACAUUUUUUAUGUUGUUUCUCCAUAUUUGUGGUGUAAUAUAUAUUAGUUUAAAAUGUAUUGUGAUUUUUUAAUUAGCAAUAAAUAAAGUGCUCCAUCAUUGUAUUGCAUA